AUGGGUCAUGAGGAGGAACUGAAACCGGAGCAAGUGGAUCUGAAAGUGUCCCCAUUUGUGGGAUCCCUCCGACGCACUUGGAAUGACUUCUGUGCCACCAGCAGUAUCCAUGGAUUGAGGUACACCCGCGAUGAGGACACCAAUAAAAUAGUGCACCUUGUGUGGCUGCUGAUUUCGCUGGUGAUGUUCGUCUGCGCUGUGGUUAUGGCGCACACCUUCUACAUGGACUAUCGCAGCAGUCCCACGCGUAUGAAUGUGGAAAGUGAUCACACGCCGGUUAACAAUCUCUACUUCCCACCGGUCACCAUUUGCCCAGAUGUACUUUUCAACAUGCAAAAGUCCAAGGCCUUUCUUAACACUCUAGAACUCCCACAAGGAGCGGAGCUAGGAGGCAUUCUUCGAAAACUACACAUUUUCUAUGGAUUCAUGCUUGAUGACGAGCGGUAUUCCUCGCAGGACAUUGAAGAAAUGGAGACCCUGCUUUUCCUGAACAAUCUCACUGUCCAACAGUUUGUGGAACACUUACGCUGGGAUUGUGAUGAAAUUCUGUACCGCUGCAGAUUCAAUGGCGAUAUAUUGGAUUGUUCAAAGAUUUUUCAGUUAUCCAAGACUUUUUUCGGCCACUGUUGCUCAUUUAAUUUACGUCAAAAGGGCCUUAACUUUACAGCCCAGCGAGCAAUUGGAGGUCUCAAAUAUGGUUUGUCAGUGAUUGUAAGGUAUAAAGACGACAGCUACGAUCCAGUACAAUCGUACUCUUAUGGCGUAAAGCUUCUAAUCCAAGAAGUUGAUGCCUUUCCUAGUGCACAUGCCGCUGCUAAAUUUAUAGCCUUUAACACGGAGACGUUCGCUGCCCUCAGACCCCAAGAAACCUUUUGUUCGGCUGCCGUCAAGGCCUUAACCAUCGAUGAGAGAAAUUGCGUGUUUCAAAAUGAGUUCCACCUGCGUUAUUUUUCGAAUUAUGUGUACCCCAACUGUGAGCUAAAUUGUAGGGUCACAAACAUGGUGAAGUUCUGCGGCUGUCACACGUACUUUUUUGACUUUAAUCGCACCAAAGAUCGGAUUUGCACUUUUAGAGAUAUUCCCUGUCUGGUGGAUAAUUUUGCUAAUAUAAUUACAAGGAAAAAAAGCACCCAGUGCUAUUGUCCUCUUACCUGUGAGCACUUUGAUUAUGAUGUCCAGAUAUCCAAUUUUCCCCUCGAACUCAACAUGCCAGUGGCGGAUAAGUUCUACUCGGGCCUCUCCAAAAACGAUGGCGUAUUGCAUGUCUUUAUCAAUUCCUUCAGUUAUCGCCGCCUCCGACGUGACUUACUUUCCAAUAUGGUUACUUUGGUUUCUAACCUGGGCAGCGCCUUUAGUCUGUUCGUCGGCAUGAGCAUGCUCUCGGUGGUAGAGAUUAUCUACUAUUUUUCAGUAAUUCUGCGCAAGAACUAUAUUAUGGAAUGUGAAACACGCAACAAGAUGCUUCAUAGGGGGCCAAAGUUCGCACUGGCCAAAGCAAAUGACACUCACAGUAAAGACCAGAAAUCAGUUUUCAUAAUUCACAAAUCGUAA